AUGGCGGAGAUAAGCGACCUGGACCGGCAGAUCGAGCAGCUGCGGCGCUGCGAGCUCAUCAAGGAGAGCGAAGUUAAGGCCCUGUGCGCUAAGGCUAGAGAGAUCUUGGUGGAGGAGAGCAACGUGCAGAGGGUGGACUCGCCAGUCACAGUGAGUACCCGCUGCCCCUCCACAGCCUGGCUUGGUCUUUUAGGCACGUGGUCAUUCCCGUUAAUCUUGUGGGCUCUGAGGUCUACCCCUCAUCCCUGAGAGCCCCAUCUUCAGGGGAGCUUUGCUAGAAGAAUUGGCUGUUAUGGGCAGGGUCUUUGGAGUCGUUGGAGGGAUGCUCUUGACCAGGGCAGAAGAACUCAGUUUGGUAUGCGGUGACAUCCAUGGACAAUUCUAUGACCUCAAGGAGCUGUUCAGAGUGGGAGGCGACGUCCCUGAGACUAACUACCUCUUCAUGGGGGACUUUGUGGAUCGUGGUUUCUACAGCGUCGAAACGUUCCUCCUGCUGCUGGCACUUAAGGUGGGACCCCCCGACUUCUGGACCCCAGACCUGGGCCACCUCAGGCCUGACCUGUCUGCAUCCUUUCCACCCUCAUCUCCUGCCCAUCCACCCCCAACUCUUGAGCUGUGCUGCUGGUGACGGACACAUUCUGCUUGGGUGGUCAGAGAAGCUUUCCUUGACUUGGGGACAUCUGAUUGGGCCCCUGGAGGAUGAGGUUCGCUAUCCUGACCGCAUCACCCUGAUCCGGGGCAACCACGAAAGCCGUCAGAUCACCCAGGUCUACGGCUUUUAUGACGAGUGUCUGCGCAAGUACGGCUCGGUGACCGUGUGGCGCUACUGCACUGAGAUCUUUGACUACCUCAGCCUGUCGGCCAUCAUCGAUGGCAAGAUCUUCUGUGUGCACGGGGGCCUUUCCCCCUCCAUCCAGACACUGGACCAGAUCCGGACAAUUGACCGAAAGCAAGAGGUGCCUCAUGACGGGCCCAUGUGUGACCUGCUCUGGUCCGACCCUGAAGACACAACAGGCUGGGGCGUGAGCCCCCGUGGGGCUGGCUACCUAUUUGGCAGUGACGUGGUGGCCCAGUUCAAUGCAGCCAACGACAUUGACAUGAUCUGCCGCGCCCACCAACUGGUGAUGGAAGGUUACAAAUGGCACUUCAACGAGACUGUACUCACUGUGUGGUCGGCACCCAACUACUGCUACCGCUGUGGGAAUGUGGCAGCCAUCUUGGAGCUGGACGAGCAUCUCCAGAAAGAUUUCAUCAUCUUUGAGGCCGCUCCCCAAGAGACACGGGGCAUCCCCUCCAAAAAGCCCGUGGCUGACUACUUCCUGUGACCCCUCUGGCCCCUGCCCCCUCCAGCCCCUCUGGCCCCUGGACCACUGUGACUCUGCCCUCUUCAGACGAAGGCUGGGGGGCUGUCCCCGGCUAUGCUGUCCCCCCAAAAGAGGGCACUUCGCGGGUGAGGACUUUUCUGGAGAGGCUUGGAGCCUUGGCUCCAUGUUCCUCCUCCCGUGUCUCCCCACUUGAACCGUGAAGUUUCCAAUAAUUUUGUUUUUCUUUUUUUUUCUUUUUUUUUGUUUGUUUUUAGAUAAAAAUUUUGAGAAGAAAAAAAAAAAGAAAAAAAUCUAAUAAAAGAAGAAAAAUGGA